UCAAUGAACGUUAUCAAGCAAUAAAAUCCAUCGAGAAUUCAGUGAAAUUGAUAGUGAAUUAAUUCCAAUAAAAAUAACCAAUAGUAUAUUAAUUAAUUGUGGAUCGAAAAGGACUAUAAAAUGUGGUUUUUCAAUAAAACAUGUACAAGCAAAACACGUCUUGAUGGUAAAACUGUUGUGAUAACCGGAGCGAGUAGUGGUAUCGGCAAAGAGACUGCUAGAGAUUUAUACGCGAGAGGUGCUAGAGUAAUUCUGGCUUGUAGAAAUAUGGAAAAGACAAAUAAAGCAGUUGAAGAUAUAAAAAGUAAUCCACCUUCAAGAUUCAACAAAAGUGAAUACAAAAAUAACGCUGGUGAGCUUGCGAUUUACUUUCUGGAUCUACGUAGCUUGAAAAGCGUGAGAGAUUGCGCUAAAAGUUUGUUGACAAACGAAGCAGCUAUUCACAUACUUAUAAAUAAUGCCGGUGUGGCUGCAUAUCCAAAUGAGAAAACGGAGGAUGGAAAUCAGACGACACUACAAGUCAACCACCUUGGUCAUUUUCUUUUGACACUUCUACUGUUGCCAAAAAUGCAGAAGUCUUCUCCCAAUUGCAGAAUAAUUAAUGUCUCAUCAAUUGUACAUAUUUUUGCUGAUAUAGACUUCGACAAUAUUAAUUUAGAGAGAUCUUAUGCACCAUUUAAAAGUUAUGCACAAACCAAAUUAGCGAACAUUCUAUUUACCAAGGAACUCGCUCGUCGAUUGAAAACAGCAAACAUUCAUGGAAUAAACGUGUAUUCUUUACAUCCUGGUAUUAUACCAACUGAGAUAUCACGGUAUGGCAAUAGUACAAUAUUUGCAGGUGCAACUUUUUGUUACACUUUAUUUGCGCAAUUGCUUUAUAAAAAUGCCAUGCAAGGAGCGCAAACAACAAUAUAUUGUUGCAUAGAUGAAGAGAUAGCCAAUGAGACUGGACUUUAUUACUCAAAUUGCGGUGUUACUACUCCAUAUCGAAAGGCAAAUGAACAUCAAUACCCCGAAAAAUUAUGGAAUGUAUCCUGUCGACUUUUACAUCUGGAACCCGAAGAAGAUUUUAUCACAUUUUUAGAAACUGUUUCACGUCAAAUGCCUUAAAAAAUGUCUUUAUUCGUGAACGAAUUUGGAAUAAAAUCUUUUUUAUUUUAAUUUUUAACAGAUUAAGAGCUAAUGUUUUUUCGGAUAAAUUGUAUGAUAAUUCACGUAAUGGAUAAAAGAAAGAUAGAAAGUACAAAAGAGAGAGAA